GGCGAGCUAGGAGGCUGGAUGAUUACUCGCGUAGCCCUCRUUAUGAGGCCGAUCGGGGUAGAGGCGACUCUAGAGGCCGGUGGAAGUCAGAUCAGGGCCGACGAGAUGGAUACAGGGACYGCAGAUAUGAGAGAUCAGACCGAGAUGGAUAUAGGGACGGAAGAUAUGAGAGGACGGAUCGAGAUGGCUACGGAGGUGGCGGAUAUGAGAGAGGAGGUCAAGACGUGGACCGACGAGACGACUCGUGCGGACGGUAUGACCGCGGGGGAUACGCGAGAGAGCGGCGCGACGAUUCGCGAGGAUGGUACAGCCGAGGAGAUCGGCGCGAUGAGACACGCGGGCGAUACGACGCUGGGGACCACCGAAACGAUUCACGGGGACGAUAUGAGUCAAGAGGAUCUGGGGGAAACCGCCCCAACGAUUCGCGCGGUCGGAAUGAGAGAGGGGGAUAUGGCGCCUCAUCAGAGUCGUAUCCCAAGUCGCCUGACCCUAGAGCAGCGAGAGAUAUUCCCUUCGAUGAAGGAGAAUGUCGAAGCAAGGAGAGUAAAGCCGAGUAAAGGAAAGGAACCGGUCAGGAGUCAGAGCAUCAAGAUAACUUUUGAGGGGGAUAUGGCGACCACACCCAUAAGGGUGGCAGCCACCAAGUCUGCGAGAGGAUCUACAUCGAAGAAGACCGACACGGAUUACGUGAUGGCAGAGAAGGAUGGCGGGCAGCGGAUCGAUGGAGAGGAGGUUAUUCUUUCACCGCGAAAGCGGGGAGUAAAGAAAUUCUUGAUGAAGAGUUUGCUGGAUAAGAUUGACACUGUCGAGCCAUUGAGACGGGCCCUUCGGCAGCCCAUGCAGUGCUCUAUUCUGGAGUACCUGGCGGCAUCGAAGCCAGCUCGUGAUGAGUUACAGAUGAUCACACGAAAGACUCGCAUACCUCUAUCAGAGGAGACUCAGGGGGGCCCUAAGGCGGAAGCUCCUACCGUAGCAGUAACGGGGGGGACUGCCAGAGCGGAUCGCAUGGCGACAGUCCUUCUUGAUGGGAUGGAAGGUGUGCCACCAGAGAAGUUUUACAUACUUGGUAGUGGGGCCGUGGACACGAUCAUAAACGAUGGAGCGGUACUAGAUGCUAUGAUCGAUAAUGGCAGUGAGGCUGUCAUUAUAGACGAGGAUCUGGCAGUACAGGUUGGACUGGGCCUCGAUAGGUCAUACCUAUUCGAGAUAGAGACUGCUGAUGGGAGAAAGCAACAGAUCACUGGGGUUUGUCACAAGGCAGCCAUAGAGGUCCAAGGGGUACGAGUGACCCUGCCCGUCUUUGCAGUCAAGAAUUGCAGCUCCGAUCUGCUCUUGGGACGAACGUGGUUGAGCCACGUGCAUGCGGUGACGAUAGAACGACCGGAUAGAAGCCAAACGUUGUCCAUUAAGAAGCUAGAUGGGACGCGGGUUAUGAUUGAGACGGUGGAGCCUCGGGACCCAAGGAACAGAGCAACUCUCGCAGUGGGAGCAAGACCCAUUGAUCAGAUUAAGUCAUUACCUAUCUCUGGCCUCGCGGUGCGAUUUCGCGAGAAGAAGUAUGGACCACUGCUCACAGAGGAAGAAGGUCGGAUCGUGGAAGUGGAAGAUUUAGGGGGUCGGCUGAUAGUGGAUGGCAACUCGUACCUAAAGGAGACAGAUGAGGAAUUUAGCGGGGCGGUAUCUAUGUCGUUUUUAAGGGCACGGUCCCCUAUGGGGGGCUACCCAAGCGACACUAGCGAGUAGCUCAAAAAGUUAAGCCAGCGGCAGUGGGCCGCGAGCGAUCUCCAAUGGAAGGGAUAUCGGAAGAAAAAAUCGUAAAAGAAAUCAAAGAAAGAAAGAAAA